AUGGGUUCUUCAGUUUACAAAGCAAUUGUUAUUGUUGGAUUUAUAUCACUAUUCCACUCUGCGUUCUCUGCGGCUCAACAUCGAUCGUAUCUGCGUAUCACUUCUCAAGAAUUCACCACAUUGCCUUUAGAUAUCAUAGUUCAGGCAAUAGCAAGCCUGUUUGCAGUAAUGUGGGGUGUGUUGAAUGUAGCCGGUAAUCUCAGAGAAAUACAUGCAGCUGCAGAACUAAACACCGUGAAGUGGGAAACUCAGAAGAAUCUACCAUCCUUCUACAUCUUUAACCAUAGAGGGAAAGCUUUAGCAAGUAAUUAUGUACCAAGUAGUGCUGUCAAAUCUGAUUUAGAAAAUUUAGAAUAA